CAUUUACCAUCAGUAUUUGUUACACAUUCCCACUGUAUAGUGCUGUUUGUAACGGAUUGCUUCUCACGCUUUAUUGUUUUCGGAAAAUUGAAAUAAAAACGCAAAAGCACGUUCAUAGGAUAUAUCAAGCGAACCAGAUCUUUCAAAAUUGUGUGUCAACGAAUUAAAUCAUCUUUUGAUUAAAAACACCUGAAAAAAUAAUUUAAAAAAAAACAUAAACGAACCAAUUGAACAGAGAAUAAAAUGGGUUGUGGCAUAGCAAUAGUUAAAUUUAUUCUAUUUGUUUUCAACUUGAUCUGUGCGUUAUGCGGCAUCGCUCUGAUAGCUGCUGGCGUUGGAACGCUGUUGAAAUAUGAAGACGUUUUGGAUGCAUUCAAAGAUAUGAAUGUCAAUACGGUGCCAGUCGUAUUCAUUAUUAUUGGUGCGGCUAUAUUUUUGGUAGCCUUCUUUGGAUGCUGUGGCGCCAUAUUCGAGUCUGAAUGCAUGAUUUUGACGUAUGCGGUGCUCCUGUUCCUUUUGCUAGUCGCUCAAAUUGUUGUCGGCGUUUUGGUGUUCACAAACAAACGUGAAGUACAACGUUUAUCCGAAAGAAUAUUGAACAAUUUAUGGCGUGAUCGAUUAAAUCAUCGUGCAUUCUGGGACACAAUUCAACAAGGACUUAAAUGUUGCGGUCUUCACAAUCCAUCUGAAUGGAUUCCAAAUACACCAUCAUCAUGUUGUGAACCCAAUCUUAUUGAGUGUUUGGCUUUGGCAAAUGCAUAUCCACAAGGAUGUGCCGAAUCACUUCACGAUUUGAUUAACGAUGGAUCGACAUUGUUCGGAAGUACAGCAAUCGGUGUUGCCGUAGUUGAGCUGGUCGGCUUUAUCUUUGCCUGCUGUCUAAGCAAUCACAUUCGCAACUACAAAAGAAGAUAUAUGUAAGUCAAUUAUGUAAAAAUAAUUGAAAAAAACACAACGCAAACGAAUUAAUAAAAAAUAUAACACAAACACAUACACACACAAGCUGAAAUUACAUACAAACGAAAAAAAUCAUAGAUUUUACUUUUGUAAAAUUCUUUGCGCAAACAAUUCAAUGAAACAAAACAAAAAUCCAACAACAACAAGUAUGUAAUAAUAUUCAAAUAUAUCUGUACUGUGUAGUUUAAAGCACAAAACUUAAAGCAACAAAUGUUCGCAAAUGAAUUCAGGAAUAAACAAUAAAAAAAAGAGCGGAUUUGUAAUGUAAUGUGAUGUUAUGCGCAUAAUAUCCAAUGUGUUCUCAUCUAUGACAACAACAAGAAACAACCACAAAAAAAUUAAGAUUGUAAAUUUCUUUUAACCAUACCAAAUUUCAUCAAUAGAAAUUAUUUGGAUCUAGUAAGUGUAGAAAUAUGAACAAUAAAAAUCAAACAAAAAAUA